CAGCAUUGCAUUUUGGGAUACCUUCCUCCAUCAUGGCGGAUUAGGUAGUCGGCUAACAUUAACGAUUAGCAUAUUCAACGAUUGUUUGGUUUCCCACAUUGAAGGGGUGCAGCUAUCUGGCAUUUUCUACACAGGGACUGCAUCCACCGAACAUAAACUGGUGUUGAGUGACGGUGCAGCACGCCAGUGUCAUUAAGAGGGCAUUUUACAAAAUCAGGGACAACCGCACAAUGGAAUGUGCAUUGGACAUCCCCUCAGGUGAUGACGAGGCACCUGAGAAAGAUGAAAUGAAUGCCAAAGAAGGGAAUGAGCCACCCCACAAGAAAAACAAGAAGCACAGAAAACACAAGAGCAAGAAGAAGAAGAGGAAGAAGAAGGGGGAAAAGGAAAGCAGUUCAGAAUCCGGUGCUGAGUCAGAUGCAGAGCCUCCGCCGCCGCCGAGGGCUGUCAGGACCACCAGAGCCAGUGCCAGACUGGCAGCAGCUACAGGAGCUGGAGACCCAGCUGGGCUAAAGGAGGAGUGCAGAAGGGAUGUAAUUACAGAUCGUGCAGACACGGAGGGAGAUGCAAAAUCCAAAAAACACAAAAGACACGCUGCCAAGAAGAAGAAGAAGAAGAGGAAGAAAGAAGAAAAGCAGGAGAAGAAAUCCCCAUCUCGCUCCCCAUCUGAAAGCAGCUCAGCUUCAGGCUCUGAGUCUGAAGGUGAAGUAGGGAAAGGGGCUGCUGAUGGCAAAUACUCUCCUGCUGCAGCAUCUGAACUGCAAGACCCAGUGUCCAAACUGGUUUCAAAAAGCAAACGAGGGGAGAAACCUGAACUGCUUGGAGUGAAGAAAGAGGAGAUAUCAGAUAUGGAUGUGUCCCCAUCUGGAGGGAAGGGCAGUAACACCAAUCGAUCAGAAAAAGAUAUGAGGUCCCCCUCUGCAGGCCAGGAUGAGAUAACACAGACAGUGACAGUUAAUGUUAAGACAGAGGGUAGUCAUGCUGAUGGUACAUUCAGCCAUGCCCAGGAACUCCCUGACAUCAUCCCUAAACAGGAAGGUGCUACUGCAAGAGAUGACCCAGGCCUGAAAGAUCAGGCAAAUUCAGUUCAGAGGGCUAAGGACAGGGAGCGCGAUUCAUCCAGGUCCAGGUCUCCUUCCCCUCCCAGGGGCAUAGACAUUAAGAGGUCUGGGUCAAGUCAUAGUCGUUCCCCAACAUCUAGUCCUAGCAGGCAGCACUCUGAUGGGCAAACAGCAGCAGCAAAGAAAGAACGGUCAAGAACCCAUUCCAGGUCAACCUCUAAGGGAAAACGGUCUACAACUCCUUUAAAGAUUCGACAACUUUCCCGCUCUCUGUCCCGCUCUCUGUCCCCUAAAUCUAGAAGGAAGUCUCUCACCCCGUCUCCCAAGAGAGCCAUCUGUCAGUCCCGGUCCACCUCUCGCUCCCUCACCCCAAAGAAGAAAUCAAAGUCUCCAAGGAAGUCGAAGUCUCCUAAACGUCGGAGGUGUUCAUUGUCUGUUUCGCCAAAGCGACGCAGAAGUUCCCGCUCUCCUAAAAGAAAGGUGUCACGAUCCCCUAAACGUGGUGGGCGCAGGUCUCCCUCUCUCUCUCGGUCUCCAAGGAGAAGUCGAAGGUCAGAGUCACGUCCCCGUGGAGGCACAACCCACUCCAGGGCCCGAUCACCUAGACGAGGUGGUGCAGUUGGCAGGCGUUCAAGGUCACGUUCCAUCACUAGAAACCGUCGCUCCAUCUCUAAAUCAAGACGCCCUGUUCGUCGCUCCAGGUCGCGGUCACCGGCAAGACGUGCAGGAGGUAGGCGCUCCAGGAGUCGAUCUUUGUCUAAACGUAGGAGGUCACCACCCCCCAGAUCCCGCCGCUCACGCUCCCGGUCGACCCGCCGGGGCAGGCGAACUCGGUCACGAUCGGUUGUAGUCCUCAAGCGCAACCGGCGCUCCAGGUCUAAAAGUCCCCGCAAACGGACCAGAUCCAAAACCCCUUCCUCUCGACGGCGCUCCCGUUCCCCCGCCAGGAGAAAUCGUUCUCCACCGAGGUCUGGCAAACGCUCCAAAUCUCGCUCGUUGUCUCAAAGACAUCGGUCAAAGUCACACUCACCACUACCUGUCAAGAGGAAGUCCAAAUCUCCUAGGAAGAGUGGAAGAAGGUCAAAGUCUAAAUCCGUCUCUGUGGGCUUGAACAGAUCCAAGUCCAGGUCUGAGUCAAGUGAUGGGCAGUCUGACAACUCCUCCCCAGCCAGAUCCACAUCUUCUUCUCCUGUUAAACAGAUAAAGUCUUCCUCUCCUGAAGCAGAGCAGACAGCUGCAGAAAGUGGAGGAUUUAAAGCUACAGCAGGUGCCUGGAAACCCAUGCCCUCAUCAGAUGCCAGUUCCUCAGAUACGUUGCAGGAGCAGCCUCAGACACUUUCUCCCAACCAUGACAAGGAACAGAGGGCCAGCUCAUCCAAUGAACGAGAUGUUUCCAGGUCCAGGUCUGGUUCUAGAGAGCCCAGCACUGGCCCAGAUGGGUCAGAUUGUUCAGCAGGCUCAGAUGAAGAAGAGGUGUCUUCCUCCCCAGUUAAAACGGCCUCUAAACACCAGAAAAGCUCAACUUCACCUCGACGAUCAACAUCCAAGUCUACAUCUCGAAGGAAGCAGUCUAGGUCCAAGUCUCCUGUGAGGAAAAGAGAAUCUGUCUCUCCAUCAGAAAGGAAGAAACGACGGUCUAAGUCUCGGAGUCCUGCCUGGCGCCGGAGGUCGCGCUCUGCCGCGCGGCGUAAACGCUCACGCUCCAAGUCACGAACCAGAAUCCGCCGGUCCAAGUCCCGCUCUCCAGUCCGAAAAAGACGAUCCCGCUCACCCAAUGCCCGUGGGAGGAGGAGGUCCAAGUCCAUAGACAGAAGCAAGCGAUCAAAGAGCCGCUCCACAGGCCGGAGGAAAAGGUCAGGAGACAGAAGUAGGCGAUCAAGGUCUCGUUCUUCUGAUCGCAGACGCAGGUCUAGGUCAAGGGGCCGAGGGAGGCGCCCGGUGUUUCGCAGUCGUUCGUUUGAUAGGCGGGACAGGUGGAAAAGGGAACCCAGCCACUCUCCAGUUCUCAUUCUUCGCAAACAGCGACGCUCAGGGUCCCGGACACGACGCAGCACCAGCAAGACUCCUCCACGCCUCACUGACCUGGAUAAGGACCAGUUGCUGGAGAUAGCCAAAGCUAAUGCUGCUGCUAUGUGUGCUAAGGCAGGGGUUCCCAUUCCUGAGAGUCUUCGGCCGAAAGCCAUUCUCCAGCUCCCUCUACCCACUCCAUCUCCUACCCCCCUCUCCUUACCUCUACCGUUACCUCUCCCAAUGGGCAUGGGGAUGCCCAACAUGCCGAAUAUGCCCAACAUGGGUCAAAUGGGGAUGUCCAAUAUUCCAGGAAUGCCCAGCAUGUCAAACAUCACCAUGAGUGCUGCUAUGGCAAGUAUGACAGCAGCUACUAUGACAGCUGCCUUGACCAACAUGGGUGCCCUGGCAGCCAUGCCUCCCCUUGCCCCACUUCCUACCAUCACUAACAAACCUCCCCCAUGUCUCGUCCCCCCAACGCCAACCCUUAACCUGGACCACAUCGAGGAAGCAAAGAGGAAGGUCACACAGCAAGCUAACAUUCACACCAUCAAGGAGCUUACUGAGAAGUGUAAGAUGAUUGCAAAUAGCAAGGAGGAGAUGGCUAUUGCUAAACCCCAUGUCUCGGACGAUGAAAGCUAAAAGCGCCAAGCCCUCACGCCACUCCUCAAAAGACUGAAGGAAAAUGUAAAAAAAAAAAAACAGGAGAACCUAUCUUCCCACAGUUCCCUUUGGCAGCCAGAAGACCUGACUGAGCCUCAUAAACCACCAAGAAGAAGAGCACCCAAGUUGUCACGGUUACAAUAUAGGCACACCAGCCACUGCCCCACUCAGCUCGUGCGUGUGCGUGUGUGAGUGAGAGACACUGAGUGAAUUGGACACAUUGACAUGUGUACAGUUGUAUGACUGUAUAGUGAGUGUGGGUCUGUGUAUGAAUUGUUGGUGUGUGUGUGUGUAUAUAUAUAGUUACUUUCACCACCUCAGUGUUGCUGCUCAUUUAAGCAGUCACUGACUAAAGAGGAAACAAACCAAACUAACUAGUGGCGCAAGUGUUUUUGUAAAAGAUUAGUUUCUCUAAAUUGCUUUUACUUUCUUAAAGAACUGUGUUAAGUGGAGACUGCUUCCUUGUUCUGCUGUAUUCCCCUCGGUUAUCGCCAAUUCCUAGUUUUAUAAACGGAUAAUGCAGACAAAGUUUUGGUAGAUUCUUACAUGUGAUUUGUUUUAACAAGCCUGGGUUUUCAGGGCAAAUGAGUGACCACAUGUGAAUCCUGGAUCAGGGGGCCAGAUCUGAUUAUUUUGAAGGAAUGGAAUAACUCAAUAUAUUGGCUGCAAGAAGGAGGUUUGAUUUUUGGCUAUGACAAAGAUUAUCAUCUUCAUUCACAAAACAUAACUUUUAGCACUGCCCUGGGUGUGAUUUUUGUUCCCUCUACUUUAAACUGCACCGACCUAAUCUUUGACUCUACCCUGGUUUUUCAUUUGGACUAUGUUGGGGGAUUUUUUUGGAAACAAGUUUGCUGUAUAUUUAAAUAGACAUUUUAUCUGCCACACUUUUAACACCAGUAUCCUAACAUGCAGUGUUAUGUGUUUUGCAGAUAUAAUUUAAGAUGGAUAAAAAGUAUACUAUUAGUAUUCCCUGGGAAUUUCCAUGAUUGGAUUAAAAAAAAAAAAAAAAAAAGUUGAGUUGAGUGUAAACAUUUGAAAGGUCUAUGUUUCUAUUCGUUAUGCAGGUUUAAUUUUGAAAGCAAUGCUGGUUGAUGGCUGUCCCCACAUGUCUUGACCUUGCCAUCAGAACCUAACCUAUCAUAAUACCCAUAAUCCCAGAUUCAUAUCGCAGCUGAGAUCCUAUUGACUGGACCUUGAGCCCCCAAUCUUUAGCUGUAGCAAUGUAAAAUUUAUUUUGUUUUCCUGAUAACAAACCAGAUUGGUGAAAAUGUAACUUCCCUUAAACUUCACAAUGUAAAUGAAGGUAAUUAUUACUUGUUUAGAAUAAAAUGUCUAAUUCACUGUUAAUGAAUACAUGAUGAGCAAUAGGCAUUUUCUUUUUUAAAUACGCUUUAGAUAUGCUUUUGCCUUUCUGUUGCUGUUUACAUUAUUAAAACAUAAUUAUUAUCAGUGGUUUUUAUUGAGGCACACAUGGAGAACGUAAUUCAUGACAAAUUACUUAUAGUGGUCAUAGAGUUGAAUGUAGAAAGUUGAGUAUGUCCCGAACUGUGCGAUUGUUAAGUUUUUUGUAUAGACAAUCAAGGUUCUUUGUCUCAUGAUGCUUUUUUGGAGAAAGAACUAGAACCACAAUUUAUACAUAUUGCAGCAUUGUAAUCAGGUGGCAAAUAAGAGAAUUUUCAUGGAUAACUGUGCAGACAAUGAAAAACCCAGUAAGCCGUUUUCAUUUAAUCCACUGACUCAUUUCAUAUAUGCUGUAAAUGUUAUCCUUGCCCCUAGUUGGUCUUCUGUGUGAGCUGCGUCUGGGUAAACACGUACAUGUUUUACUGAAUGCUUUUGUACCCUUGGAUAACUGAUGAACAAGGCAAACUUGGUGCUUUUGGGAAAUUUGGCAGGGGUGAGGUUUUUGAGGAAUCUUGCACUCAUAACUCAUUUAUUUUCAUUGGAGAGGGAAAUAAUUCUGGAUUCAUUCUUUUUUGUCGACCUCCCACACCCAGGGCUGUUUAACUGGAAGAUAAUCUGUUAGGGUUUCCAACUAACUAUACUGUCUGUACCAAAAGCAUUGUUGAAUUGAUUCCCAGAGGUAAUCUUUAGCUAUUUUAAUGAUAGAAAAAAGAUGAAAAUGCAUUUUAGGUUUGUUUUUUUUGGGCCAUUUGAAUAUGACAUUGCCUGCUUUGUACAUAAAUGUGUCGAUGAUUAUUAAAAACCUCAAUGAUCUGUA